CGCGGCAGAUGAUUCUACUUCCGCACCUCCUGCCGCGUGGAGCACGCGAGGCCUCAAACAGCCAUGUCUACCGCCAAGGCCGCCCCUUGGGUCGCGGUAUCCGAACGAAGUUCGUCGUUGUCUCCGGCCCCGGAGAGGAGGCCCGCGGAGGGCCCGAACGAAAGAGGUCGGAGAGGGAGUCGGGCCUGGCGAGGGGCCGGCUGGAGGGAGCCCUUUGGCUGCGUGGAGGCCGUGGCCGGUGGUUGCGGGCAACCGCCACUCUGCUUCGCUGUGAGGAGCGACCUGGUGGGCGCGGUGGUCGGUCGUGGUGGAUCAAAAAUAAGAGAAAUCCAAAGUACAACGAAUACCAAAAUACAGAUAAUAAAAGGAGAUCCCAAGGCAGAAGUAAAAAUUUUUGGCAACAAACCAAUGCAGACAAAAGCAAAAACAAUGAUAGAUAAUUUUAUUAAAGAACAAGAAAAUUACAGUCCACAAUACAGAGUUGAUAUUGUUGCAUUCCAACCUUCUGUUGGAAGAGAUGUAAGCACAAAUCAUAAUGAAGAUCUGCCGUUGAUAAACUGGGAUAAAAUUCGAGAGGAUGCUUUGAAAUGGGGGAAAAAAAAGUGGGCAGAUUUACCUCCAAUUAGGAAAAACUUUUAUGUAGAGUCGGCAACAACAAGGGCAAUGUCACAAUUGCAAGUAGACAACUGGAGGAAGGAAAAUUAUAAUAUAACAUGUGAUGACUUAAAAAAUGGUGAGAAACGUCCUAUCCCCAACCCUACUUGUAAAUUUGAAGAUGCCUUUCAGUGUUACCCUGAAGUUAUGGAAAACAUUAAAAGGGCAGGUUUUCAAAAGCCAACACCAAUUCAGUCCCAAGCUUGGCCAGUAGUUCUGCAAGGAAUAGAUCUUAUUGGAGUAGCACAAACGGGAACAGGGAAGACUCUGUCCUAUUUAAUGCCUGGAUUUAUUCAUCUAAACUCUCAACCAGUAGCUGGAGGAAAAAGGAAUGGCCCAGGCAUGUUAGUCCUUACACCCACUCGGGAAUUGGCACUUCAAGUAGAAGCUGAAUGUUCUAAAUACUCAUAUAAAAGUCUCAGAAGUGUCUGUAUAUAUGGUGGUGGAGAUAGAAAUGGACAAAUACAGAAUGUUUCAAAAGGUGUCGACAUCAUCAUUGCAACUCCCGGCAGAUUGAAUGACCUGCAAAUGAAUAACUUUGUCUGCCUGAAAAGUGUAACCUACCUGGUUUUAGAUGAAGCAGACAAGAUGCUGGACAUGGGAUUUGAACCCCAGAUAACGAAGAUUUUGUUAGAUGUGCGCCCAGACAGGCAGACUAUUAUGACAAGUGCUACUUGGCCAUGUGCUGUCCGUCGCCUUGCACAAUCUUAUUUGAAAGAGCCAAUGAUUGUGUAUGUUGGUUCUUUGGAUCUAGUUGCGGUAAGUACAGUGAAGCAGGAUGUCAUCAUCACCACAGAGGAAGAGAAAAGAGCUCAUAUCCAAGCUUUCCUAGAGAACAUGUCACCUACAGACAAAGUCAUUGUCUUUGUAAGCAGAAAAGCAGUUGCUGAUCAUUUAUCAAGUGACCUGAUUCUUCGACAACUAUCAGUAGAGUCUUUGCAUGGCGACAGAGAACAGAGCGAUCGAGAAAAAGCAUUAGAGAACUUUAAACAAGGGAAAGUGAGAAUACUCAUCGCUACUGACUUGGCAUCUCGAGGUCUUGAUGUCCACGACAUCACACACGUCUAUAAUUACGAUUUCCCACGGAACAUUGAAGAAUAUGUUCACAGAGUAGGGCGCACUGGGAGAGCAGGGAGGACCGGCAUGUCGAUUUCCCUUAUCACGAGAAAUAACUGGAGUAUUGCCACUGAGCUGAUUCAUAUUCUGGAAAGAGCAAAUCAGAGUAUUCCAGAGGAGCUUGUCUCAAUGGCUGAGAGAUACAGAGCAAAUAAACUAAAAAGAGAAGUGGAAAAGAAAAUAGGAAGACUUCAAGGAAAGCCCCAGAAGUUUUAUUAGCAUUUUAUGUUGAAGAGCGGCAUGAGCCUGGUAGAGAACGCAAGGUUUUUUAGAAGUCUUCUCAAGAUGGAAGUAUUGAAAUACUCUCAACGAGGGGAGAUUUGACUGAUAUUAGUGUUUUAAAACGUUGACUGCAGUAUUUUAUACUUCAAAGGAUUUUAACUCAAGUUGAAAUUUUUGGUGGAUAUUUAGUAUGUAGCAAAAAGUUUUCUUUUACUUAAAAAUGUUUUUAAUUAAAAAAUAAAAAUCUUUAAAG